AUGCUUGGAGAAGUGGCGCAGCCUCUGCUGGUUUCCGCCCGGAGCCUGGUCGCAUGGGAGCACCCGCAGGUCCCACCCGCUCAGUGGCCUUCCCGGCAGCGGGACAGACCCCGGGCCUUGAUUAACAAAAGGUUGGGCAAUCACCGUACGGCCGUCAGUUCUGCUCUCCCCGUCUCCCCCGACCCUGCCCUUCAGAUCGUUUUCAGCCCCGGCUGCGUUUCUUCGAAGGCGCACGGAAAACGAGGAGAGGGCACGCGGCUCUGUUCCAGGCCCGGGCAGCCCCCCGGCUGCCAGGUCUGCGGGCACCUGCUCGCCCCGAGCCAGGUCUGCGGGCACCUGCUCGCCCCGAGCCAGGUCUGCGGGCACCUGCUCGCCCCGUGCCAGGUCUGCGGGCACCUGCUCGCCCCGUGCCAGGUCUGCGGGCACCUGCUCGCCCCGAGCCAGGUCUGCGGGCACCUGCUCGCCCCGAGCCAGGUCUGCGGGCACCUGCUCGCCCCGUGCCAGGUCUGCGGGCACCUGCUCGCCCCGAGCCAGGGCAUCCCACCAGCCUGUGUGAACAUCCCAAGACACACUCCCAAGCUUCAAACACACCCUUGGCGAAGAGCAAGUCCAGGGCCGGCUGCCCAGUUUGGGAGCAUGCAUGCGAAUGGCACAGGCUGCCCUCACAAGGAUGGCUUCGGAAAGAGGCCUGUGCACGCCCUGGAAGGAGAGAUGAUGGGGCUGUUUCCGUGGAGCAUUCUGGAGGCCUGGGAAAAUCGAGUGUGGACUCCAUAUCUGUAGGAGGAGACAUGGCGGGGAGGCCCCAGGCCGGAAGCAUGGGCAGGUAAGCACGACACCGAGUGGACACUCCAGAGUUUAAGGGGAUAUUUGUGUUUAACCAGAACUUUCCAACAUAGUUCUAAGGUUAACUGCACCGGCUGUCUUUCCUAAUAUACCCAGUUUCCUGACUUAUGUAUGUGUGUGUCUGGUAGUGUCUCUUUUGGAACGAGAUCUUGUACUUGCUGGACACAGGACUGUAUACUUGCCAUUAGAUGGUGACAAUACUCGCAAAAUCAGAAGGUUUUGUAGGGGAGGAAAAAGAUUCCCUCCACCCUCCCAGGGUCCCUGGCUGGGUCUAACAUUAAAAUGACAGAGACAGAUUAACAGGACAAAACAAUAGACAUUUAUUUAAUAGAAGUUCUACAUGACACCAUGACAUGAGAGCCUUCCCCAGGAAAUGGAGCCCCAGAGAAACAGACUUGGGUGUUUUAUGCCUGGUUGGAUGCAGUGUGGGCAGUCAUGGGGGCUGUGAUAGGU